AUGUUCAAGAGAAGGAAUGCUCACCAACUCGAGGAUGAUUCUCAACAAGAUCAUAAGGUUAGCGAAUUGAAAUCAGCGAUAGGACCAGUGUCGGGACAUAGUCUAGUUUUCUGCUCUGAUGCUACCUUGAGAAGAUAUUUGGAUGCUCGUAGUUGGAAUGUCGAAAAAGCCAAGAAAAUGAUUGAGGAGACUCUUAAGUGGAGAUCAACCUACAAACCUCAAGAGAUCCGUUGGCAACAAGUAGCACAUGAAGGUGAGACCGGAAAAAUCUCAAGAGCUACCUUUCAUGAUCGACAAGGUAGAAUUGUGCUUAUAAUGAGACCUGCGAUGCAAAACUCAACAUCAGCAGAAGGUAAUAUCCAGCAUUUGGUGUAUCUUCUUGAAAAUGCAAUCCUCAAUCUUCCCAAGGGACAAGAACAAAUGGUUUGGCUCGUCGAUUUCACGGGUUGGUCUAUGGCCGCUAGUGUUCCUUUGAAGACAACUCGUGAAAUUGUCUACAUUCUUCAGAAUCAUUACCCUGAGAGACUCGGUAUGGCCUUUCUCUACAACCCACCAAGACUCUUUCAAGCAGGCUACAGGGCUAUUAAGUACUUCUUGGACCCAAAAACAGCUCACAAGGUGAAUUUCGUGUACCCAAAAGACAAGAAAAGUGACGAACUGAUGAGCUCAUACUUUGAUAUAGAGAAUCUCCCCAAGGAAUUUGGAGGAGAAGCAACACUAGAGUAUGAUCAUGAGGAUUUCUCAAGGCAAAUGUUUGAAGACGAUGUCAAAACCGCAAAGUUAUGGGGAUUAGAGGAGAAGCACUAUUUGAAACCAAACGGUUUCUCUGCAUCUGAUGUUGUUCCUGAGCCGACCACUUCUCUUGCAUCAGUAGCUAGCUGA